GAAUCUGCCUCGCCAGCACCAAUGGUCACAGGUCCCGAAUCGGAUCCUUUCACCUACGUCUUGCGGGCCAUGUGUAUGCUGGAACUGGCCGCCCUCUAUUCACCCUUGUCGCAGCUCACCUUGGCCCCUGUGUAUGGAUCGAUACCCUCAUCUGUUUUCCACCAUGAGAUUACCUCAGUCAUUGUCCUCUUGACUCUCACUCGAACCAGCCUGCUUUCACGCUUCAUGCCUGCCAACAUUGAAUACUAUAUCCCCAUCUUGGCCUCCAGCAUCCCUCUUAUCCAAUCAUACUUGUUCAAAUACAGUACCAAGCUUGGUGUGGAAUCCGGUCCCCUCAUCACCGAAGGUCUANCUUACUACCCUCUACUGCUGAUGAGUUGUUACUCUGCGUCCCGCCUACUCCUGGACGCCAAGAUUGAUCAAUACCUGCAUUCUGCCAUGGGAUCUACCAUACUUGGUCUCUCUACUUACGGCUUUUUCGUUCUGGUUCGAUCUAAAUCUAGCUUCUUGGUCUCCCAGUUCUUUGCGCUCUCUGCCACGUUCACCAGAGUAACACUGCAAUGCGUUGUUGGUGCUUUGUUCACAAUCUUGUCACCAUCCAAGUUGAGCCUCCUUGCUAUACCUGCCAUGAUACACACCACAUGGUUCAACCCGCACUUUGUAUCAUCUCACACGGACGCCUUGGCCAACUCGACUCUGCAAGCAAAUCAAUGGAAUCUGCUGGAGCGUGCUGAGUCCAACACUGGUUACAUCUCAGUCUUGGAAAAUCUGGAUGCUGGAUAUCGAGUCCUCAGAUGCGAUCACUCUCUCCUGGGUGGGGAGUGGCUGGUCACUGACGAGAGAAGAAGACAAGGCAUCACCACCUCUGAGCCUAUCUACUCGGUGUUUGAAAUUCUAGAAGCUGUUCGUCUGGUCGAGACUNCCCACAGCAGCGUGACGGACAGUGAAAAGAGCGCGCUUGUANGUCUAGGCAUCGGAACUGCACCUAAAGCUCUUAUUGCGCACGGCAUUGACACUACAGUCGUGGAACUUGACCCCAAGGUACACGAGUAUGCGACGAAGUAUUUCGACUUGCCCACCAACCAUAUCGCUGUCUUGGAAGAUGCUGUAGCUUGGGUUCAAAACGCAUCGACGAGCGCUGUCAAGCAGUACGACUACAUCAUCCACGAUGUCUUUACUGGCGGCGCAGAGCCUCUUCCCUUGUUCACAGACCACUUCCUCGGCAACUUGCGCUCUCUGCUGACACCCGACGGUGUCGUCGCUAUCAACUAUGCUGGCGACCUUGCCGACUCUUCUACAAAACAAGUUAUCAACACUAUCAACCUAGCAUUCGAUCGUCAAUGUCGCAUGUUCCGUGACUCCGAACAGUCUUCUGAGGCAGGAGCGACCGACUUUCUCAACAUGGUCAUCUUCUGCACGAAUUCUGCUGGCGAUGGCGACAAGCUGAAGUUCCGCGGACCUGUUGAGGCAGAUUACCUGGGUACUGUGUCGCGCAAGCAUUAUCUUGCGCCUCAGGAGAAACUCGAAUUGAAAUUCCCUACCGAGGAAGAGAUGCAAGAUGAGGCGGUUCAGACCCUAACUGUCGACAACCUCAGUGAAUUCGAAAAGAAGCAGAUCGAGUCUGCCAGAAGACACUGGAAGAUAAUGAGACUGGUUGUAUCGGACUUUGUAUGGGAACUUUGGUGA